AUGCAGAAUCUAACGUCAGAGGUGGAGCAGUCUGGCAGAGUAAUACAGGGGAUUGAUGACAAAGCUGCUGCUGAAUGUAAGAUCAGCACAGCAAGUAAACACAGAGUUCCUCGUUACCACCUCUUGGCUCAUACCACUCUCACCCUGGCAGCAGUGCAAGAUGGGUUCCAUACCCAUGACCUCACCCUCGCCAGCCAUGGAAGCUUCCUCCUUUUCCACUCCUCGAUCUCUAGCCCUGACUUGCAGGAGAGGCAGGCCCAAGACCGCAGAGUGACCCGAUCCAAGGCAGAAAAGCCUAUGGUUAUGGUGCCGCAGGUGGACACUGUGCCUGGAUGGCUCACUGAGAUGGAGUGAAUGGAGCUCAUAGCUCGCGAAGAGGGUGUGGACAUGGUGGGUGACAUCUUGGUCGGUCUGCUGGAGCGAGUCAUGGACUCCGCCUUCAGAGUCUACCUGAGCCGGCAGUGCAUUCCAUUCACCGUAAGCCAGGCACGGGAGGCCAUGCUGCAGAUUACCGAAGGAAGAUCUUGGAUGGAUACAGACUCUCAGGAGCAGAUGGCAUCUUGGGAGCGUUCUCACGAGCUGAGAGUCACCCGGGGGACCCCACAGACCCCGGAGCAGUUUCAGGAAACAGGGCCUGGAGGUCCUUCAGAGGAACUGGACGGCCAAGCGAAGGGCCUAUCCUCGAUCGGAUCUUUGAACGCGAGUAGCCAACCCUCAGUGGAGCCAGCCCCAGGCCUCAGUCAAGAGGGCACAGCACUUCAGCUCCCAGUUCUCCCUCGAGGAUCUCUACUAUUACACGCCAAAGCCUCAUGCGGCUGGAGACUGGCCGUGCCCAAGAACGAGGAGUUGCCCCGCAUCGCCCCAGGCGUGUUGGUGUCGGACCCCCCUGCAGACGGCGCCGCAGCGCUCAGCCCCUCUGGCCGGGUUCCUGCCGCAGCAGCCCUGGCGCGCAGACGCGUGGCCCGGCGACGCCGUGCAGAAUGGGCCGCAAGCCCGCUAUGGCGUGCCCGGACCCCGCGCACCUGCUGUGCUGCUGGGUGCGCCCAUGCUGGAGGUUCUGGUGCCUACCACAGGUGCCAGCAGGGCGGGGAGACUGAGGCCCCCAGUCGACUGCCAGCCUCCGGCUCGGGUGUCCGCAUCUUGCCAUCAGUUUUCUUCCCUCUCCAGCCUGGGGUUCCCAUCCGAGAGUUGGGUCCCAGCGCCAGCCUCCAAUUCCCUACUUUAAACCUAGGCCUACUGUUGCCAGGCUUUGGUUUGAAGCUGCCCUUCCUCAGUCCCGGCCUCCGCUUUCUCGCCACGUACCUGGGGCUCCCCAGUGUGGCCCACAGCCCCAGGUCCAAACUGUGGCCGGGUGCCAAGUGGCCCAGUGGCUGGGACGGGGAGGCCGAGUUGCUGCGUACUCACACAGGGCCUGGACUCCGGGGAUGA